AUGGACUGGUUAGCUCGUUACCAUGCUCAGUUGAAUUGUAAGAUGAAAACGGUAGAGUUGUGUAUUCCGGGAGAGGCAACCCUAAAAUUGGAUAUAAGGGGUAGAUUAGCCUUAUCGGCUCUUAUUUCAGAAAUUCGAUCUAGAAAAAUGUUGAGUAAGGGAGCUCAGGGGUAUUUGGCUUUUCUUAUAAAUACUUCUAGUGAUAAGGUGAGAUUGGAAGAGAUGCCAGUAGUUAAGGAGUAUCCAGAUGUUUUUACUGAAGAACUAGAGUCCUUGCCACCAGAAAGAGAGAUAACCUUUAAAAUUGAUGUGACUCCAGGAGUAGCACCUAUCUCUACGACGCCCUAUAGAAUGUCUCCAACUGAAUUGAAAGAGCUGAAAUUGCAAUUACAGGAUUUACUAGAGCGAGACUUUAUAAAAGAAAGUGAUUCACCGUGGGGAACUCCAGUGUUUUUUGUUAAAAAGAAAGAUGGUGAAAGAAAAAUUUUAGACCCAAUUGCGGUACCAUGGAUUGAGGAGGCGUGCGAAAAGGUGAAGUUAAUACGCCAAAGAAUUCAGACAGCUCAGAACCGUCAAAAGAGCUAUGCAGAUAAUCGAAGGAAAGAUUUAGAAUUUGCAGUUGGAGAUCAAUUGGAACUGCCACCAAGUUUGUCUCGAAUUCAUAAUGUUUUCCAUGUGUCUAUACGCAAGAAGUAUCAUCCAGAUCCAUCCCAUGUACUGCAAUCAGAAAAUAUUGAGAUCGACGAGGCACUGACUUAUGAGGAGAAACCGGUGAAGCUUCUGGAUCGUAAGGUGAAGGAACUAAGAAAAAAGUGA